AUGAUCGAUCAUGAGGACGAGGAGGAGCCUGCUCAGGUGAGCCGAGGGGUGAUGCCACUUUCUGUCGUGAAGGAGCUCCGGCCUGGCCUGACUCCAGCCGUCGUCACUCCUGCCAGCUCCAGCUCCAGCUCCGGCUCCAGAAAAUCCUUGCGUGGAUCACGACAGCGUCUCGGGCACCACCAGCAGGAACCCAUCAUCCCGAAGGGGGGUGUUCCCGGUCCAACAAGACAGCCAGCCAUCCUGCUGGGUUACACCCAGAAAGCCCCAGCCAAUCUUGAGAUCGACGAGAUGGAUCUAGCAGCGAUCCCCAGUCCAGCAUCAUAA